CAAUUGGUCAAUUUCGGAGAAUUUUGUCUCUUCAUCUCUUUUUCCAAAUCUCAAUCUAAUCCUUCAUUUUUCUCUCAAUUUCCAUAGGCUUCGAAAUUAUUCCUUUUCAAUUUCUUUCCGUUUAUGCCAUGGCUGUUGCUGCCUUCAAAUCCUCUUCGAGGAGAAGGGAUUUAACUUCUCCUUCGGGUGUCGCAUCUUCUGCGAGAGAAUCCAGAGAAGAAGAGCGCAAGAAAGCUCCGAUUCGAAGGUCAAAGAGUGUGAGUGCUUUCUCAAGGACCAGCUUGGACAUUUCUACUGAGUUUAUUAACAAAAGGGAUAAUCCUUUGUUUUGGAGCAGCACAUCACCUCGAGAUGGUCAAAUCAAAUCUAUGGAAAGGGAAGGAACUGCUAAACUGGACGAAACGGCAACUACUACCUUGGAUCCUGCUAGUGCGAAGUCUAGUAAUUCGGAUGGUGGAUAUGAUAGGAGGGGAAGAUCCGUGACGAGAGAUAAUGCAUUUAGCUGUAAGGGGUCAAUGAUGGGUAGGAAGGAAGCGGGACGGAGUUUAUACGGACUGGACACUAGCCGGAGCAAUCGUUCGGCUUCGCAAGUUCCUGUUUCCAGGCGGCAUUAUUCGACUUCUGAGAGCGAAGCUGAGCAAGAUUGUAGCAUAAAAAAAUCUAAAGAUGGAAACAAUUUAAAGUUAUUGGGGAGUAAUGGCAAAGGUGGUUUGUCCAGAAGCAACAAUGGUGUGCUCGAUCAAAUGAAAAAAUUGCAGACUUGGUCUAGUCAGCAUUCCUCUCCUGCCAUUUCUGAUAAUUCAGCUGCAAUUUUGUCUCAUUUGCAUAAACAAACCUGUGAAGAUGCAGCUUCACUUUCAACAACCAGUUCAGUAUGUGGUUCUGAAGAGAAAACCAUGAAAGCAGUUUGUGAACAAAUGAAGUCGGAAUCGCCAGAUAUGUUGGAAGCUAGUGAUAUAUAUGAAACAGUUCGUUCUGAAGUGAGGCGUGCUAUUUUUGAGAUUCAGAAUGACCUUGAGAGUGGCAUCAAGCUGUUGACAAGGGCAAGCUCAAUCGUCUUCCCUAGGAUCCCAGAUAAGGAAAUGCCAACGAAAUCUCAUUUUUUAAUUUCCUGUGCUAUCCGAAGGAAUAAUGCUACUGCUGUGGCUAUUAAGAAUGUGGCUGAUAUUCCUCCUGACUUGGUAAACCCUGGCGCAGUUGAGUUGGUGUUGGAGAUUAGAAGAGAGUAUUCCAAAAAGCUUGAGGAGGUGAUUUUCAAUUUUUGCACUGUCAACCUUGUAAUAAACACACAGUCCCAGGAGCGGGCGAGAAAACUCCAGGCUGACCUGGCUGUAGAGGAACAUCGGACUCAAGAACUGGAUAGAAUAUUGAAGGAAGUUCUUCCGUAUCCAAAGACCCCAAAUGUGCAGAAGUCUCGUCCAUCAAGAAAAGCUAGCAUUGAAAGAAGAAAAAUGUCAAAACGGCUUGCAGAAGAUGCCUUGGCAUAUUUUGAUGAGUGUGUAUCAUUAUCCCCAUUUGAUGGUUCUGACUUUUCAUCACAAGACGACCCACCACUCAAUUUAUUUGGGUCUCCUGUGCCAUGCGGAAACCAUUUGCCUGAGGGGUUCUGCUCUCCAGAGCAAUCCAUAACCAAUCAUAAUGGAGUUUCACGAUCGAAUCAAAGUAUUGAUAUCAUGGCAUCUGCACAAUGUCAAUUUAGUCCAGGUGGUUCCAAAUUCCAGUUCUCCUUUGCAAAGAAGCCAUUUGAAACCUCUGAUCCUCAUCAUGGCAUUCAAGAGUACAUCAAGAACUUCGACAAAAAUGUGCUCAAAUUGUCCAAUGUAAGAUCAUCAAAUUACUACGAUCUUGAUCGGUAUGAUUACAGUCCAUCUGCUGAGAAUUUGUUGACUGAUAAUGUAUUGAUGAAGACCAGAGUAGAGUCAGGUAGCUUGUUACUUUGUGGUGGUGGUAACUUCUCUAAAUAUUGUGGUAUAAUAAUUUAAUAGGAAAACAUGAAAUAAGCAAUACGGUUCCAUAGGCAUGUUGUUUUUUCCCC